UAUGUCCGGUUUCGCCUGGCGCAGAAGAUCAGCCCACAGUUCUUCUGCAGAUGACUGGAGCUUCAGGUCAAGGGCAGAACAAUCCUCUUGCAGCUGUCUUCAGUCAGCCAUGAAUUUUCUUCAGCAGCUGAUCCGCUUUGUUCGAUUGUUCAUCCGACUCAGGCCUAAAAAGUAUCUUCGAGCUGCUGUUGUCGUCAUUGGCCUAGCAGUUAUCUACACUGUCUAUCGCAUCUUGGAAUCAAAGGGAUUUAUGUAUGGAGACCCAUAUGUGGAACGCUGGUGUCAGUAUGAGGAGGUUCCAGAGUAUAUGUUGAGGAAGGAGCCUGAUGAGAUUACCAUAGUAACGGCUUACGUCAACCUGGGCAUAUAUAAGAAGGGACAAGAGUUUGGUGCUUAUUACACCCCAUUUAAAUACAAACAGUGGAUGCGGCCUCUGGGAAAGAUGACAAACCCUGUCAUCGCUUUCAUGGAAGACGAUGAUGCCAUAGCAUAUUUUAGAAAGGUUCGGUCUUGUUUGCCAGCCUCUCAUACAAGGAUUAUCAAGUUUAACAGAAACGAGAUGUGGUCUUACGGCCUUAUUGAAAAAAUUAAAGAAAUAUAUUCGAAAAAUAACUAUCCAAAGCACUAUCCGAACACAGUGAAUCCUGAAUACACGUGUGCUAUGCAUGCCAAGUAUGAAUUUAUUCAAACGGCACUAGAUAUGGAUGUGUUUAGAACACCAGCGUUUGCUUGGCUGGACAUUGGCUACUUUCGAAACUUGGACAAAUCGGGAACAACGUUUUUCAAACUUCUACCCCCAAAGAAAUUCAACACUGAGAAGGUAGGAUUAUCACAAGCAUGGCCUCACGACCCCAAUAUUGACCCCAAGGUUGUGAUGAGAAGUAACUUGGUGUGGGUGUCGGGUGGCAUCGUUCUGGCAUCAACGCAGACUCUUCAAGGUUUUGUCCAGCAGUACAAGUGGACAGUGGAGACGUUGCUGAAGGAUGGCCUGUCGAACAGUGACCAGCAGGUCAUCUACGCCAUGUUUUCCACGUCCAUGCGUCACCGUUACAACAAGAAACAAAUCAAGAUACAGAGCUACAUGUGUCGGCAGGGCCAGCUAGGACUCUAUGGGCCAGACGCAAGAUAUUUCUGCCUUGGCUUCUUGUGUAAGAACAUAUGGGAAGGUAUACACAAGGAGGGUGGAUAGGUUGUGGUAGACCUUUAUUUAAAUACAGUGAACUAUGUUCGUAACAAACUUACUGAAGAAACUCUUUUAGGGGUCACUACC